CUCACUGGUUUCAGUCAGUUGUUGAUAACAUUGCGCUAGUGUUUAACGUAAACGAGUAGAUUUUUGCAUUUGCGCGAAAUUGACUCCCUAAUAAAAGCAAAGAUUUUAUUCAACUAUAUUUUUUUACUUAAAAAAAUCGACUGAAUAUUAAGCAGCAUGAACAAGACUGGCCUAAUAAUGACGACUGUGAUACUUGUGGGAGCGUAUUUUACACUAAGUGUGGCAUCGCCUCUUUCAAUGCACGAGGAAACCGCCACCCACUGUGAUAAAACGUUGGAAGACCAAAAUUUGCCGGACCGAAAAGACUGUGCCCGAUACUUCCGUUGCGUCUAUGGAAGAAUGGUGCCCAAAGAAUGUCCGGAAAAAAUGCUGUUCAAUUCAGCGAUCGGGAACUGCGACCUCUACUACAACGUCGAAUGCGUUCAGCGACUGGAAGAACUCGAAGCUCCUGAAGACGAUUUGACCGAAGCAAUUGAAAGCCUAACCGGAAGACCGUUUGUGAAACCUUCCAAAACACCGCGACCAACAUCUUCAAUUGCCAGCGAAACCAGCAUCGAAAGGAACAGUUUCACUGGUGAAACUUCCACGUUGAAGUUCGUCUAUUUUCCGCACGAGUCCGAUCAGAGCGCCUACUAUAAAAUCGAAAACGGCGCGAAGAUAUUGGUGCACUGCGAAGCCGGCAAAGUUUUCAGUUUUGAUUUGGAAAUCUGUGCCCGGCCGUGGAGUGUUUGAAUGUUUCCGAAUAAAUCUUCAAAGAGUGACAUCUGCGGGUUUGAAAUAUUCAAGUUAAUGUUCGCUUGGUUCAAUGCGAUGAUCGUCCCAGUGGAGAAUCUCAGCUGUGCCAGAGGAGUCGCCCAAAAAAUGCCAAUCUUCCUCCUAUUGGCCCGAUAUUAAUUCCCAAACCGUUUUCAAUUACACAGUUUUUUUGCAAA